CAACUUCCUGUGACAAAAAAUGUAAAAAAGGAAACUUCUGUGGAUUUUUUACAUAAAUCAGAAGUUUUUAAGUAUCAUAAUUUCUGCUUAACUAGGCAGUUUUGUCUACAAAUUAUUGUGUUAUGCAUUGUACAGUGUCAGUGCAUGUGGGAGGUACAUUCAUCACCUUCAGUGAUAGCUCUAGUUUGAAUUGAAAAGAAACAAGACUUUUGGUAUAAUAAUUCACAAAGGUGUGCAGAGGAAGACAAAAGUAGCAGGCAUGAGGAAUUAGAUGCCACAAGAGAAUGGGAGCAAAUGUAUCAUUUCCAGAGGGAAGCCAGUCGUGCACUGGAUCACCUUCAAAACUGCAAACAUUUUCUCGUCUUGCCCACUCUUACACAGUAUCAGAUACAGACCUUGCAGGAAAGGAUAAGAAAAAGAAAGCAUCUAAAUUUGCUACGCUCAGAAAGAAAUUGAUUAGGGCAAGAAGACACAGUAGGUCAUGUGACUAUGGCCGUGCCCUUAGAGAAUUAAUCUCUUCAUGGUCUAUACAUGACAUAAGUGCACUAAUUCAUGAAUAUGAAGCGCUUAUAGCAAUGAAAGAAUUAGCGAUCACAACAAAUCUAGCCCGUCCACCUGCAAAUACAUAUAGACAUGACUUCUCUCAUUUAUUUGAUUUCAAAUUUUGUACAGAUAUUGAUUUAGUCUACAAAGGUGUCUGUUUUCCAGCACAUCGUGCCCUGCUGUCCAUUAGGAGUCCCUUUUUCAGGGACAUUUUAUCCAGAAAUCAUGACACUUUUCCACAAAUUCCUGUAAAAUUACGCACACAUGGUGUAGACAUUGUACUUUUCUCAGCUUUACUUAGAUAUCUAUACACGGACACAUUAAGUCAUGAUGAAGUGCAUUUUGAUAAUCGUGAGAUCUUACUCAAAGUCGCGGCGGAAUUAGGAAUGCCAAAUCCAUUAGAUCAGGAUUUACAGACGUUAUUAGACACAGGAGAUUAUAGUGAUGCUGUAUUAGUGUUCUCUAGUGAAUUGGACUUAAAUGAAAGCUUUUCCUCUGAGGCAGGUUCCUCUGACGGAUUUAGCAGAACUAAAUAUGAACUUCCGUGCCACAAGGCAGUUCUGGCAGCCAGAUCUCCCUUCUUCCGUAAUUUGUUGUUACGGAGAGCUAGGUCUGGGGAAGAUUUGACAGAUUAUGCAUUGAAUACACCUACUAGAAUAGUGUUAGAUGACUCUGUGAUUCCUCGGCGUUACGCUCGUGUUUUGUUACAUGCUAUUUAUUUAGAUGUCGUAGAUUUAUCAUUGAUUAUGCGGGGCAGUGCAAGUAUGUGUAGUCUUAGUGAGGUUCAGGCAAUAGUGGCAGGUAAAGGACAGAUGACAAUUGUAGAUGAAGCAAUGGAAAUGUAUCAGAUUGGACAAUUUCUCGAUAUACCUGCUCUUUCUCAAGGUUGUGAAGACAUCAUUGCUGACAAUAUCACCGUAGACAACCUAAUAUCUGUGUUAACAUGGAGUGCAGAGCCUCAUGGUUCCAGCUGGGUCUUGCGCCAGGCACUGCAUUUCUUGCGGGAAGAGUUUAUGCAAGUAGCAAACUCACCUGUAUUGUAUGAACUCAGCAAAUAUCAUCUCAUUGAAACUCUCAGCUCAGAUCUCCUGCAGGCAGGAGAAUUAGAUGUGCUAUCAGCAGUCAUGAAAUGGGGAGAACAUCAUUUGGUGCGGAGAAUUGAAAAAAGAGAACCAAAUUUGCUGAGUCAUACAGCUCACAGUGUCAGCAAGAAAGGAGUGAAGCGGAGGGAUCUGAAUGAUGUUGAACUCCGUGACAUACUUGCAGAAAUAUUGCCGUUGGUUAGAAUGGACCAUGUAUUACCUCACAAUAGUGAGGUACUGACAAGUGCAAUUAGACGCGGGUUGGUUAGCACUCCUCCAAGUCACAUGAUCAGUGAUGAUGGAGGAACCAGCCAGAGUGCAUCAGCAUGGGUUCCUGGAAAAAAUAGUGGCAUGUUCACCAGACCAAGACUUUUCACACCAUACUAUGAAGAAGCAAAGAGUGUGUUAGAAGACAGACAGUUGUCUGGACAGGAUCACGAGUUAGCCCGUGUUAGACCAAUCCAGAUAUCUUCAAUACCAGACACACUGUAUAUGGUAGAAGACCCACAGUAUAUACAGCAGUUCAUGACUUUCAACCCAAAACCCUUACAUAGCAUAGACAUUGUGUCAGGGACCAUACCAGUGCCUAGUUCAGAGACGUUGCGGUUAAUGAUUCAGAGGGAGCAGGAACUCCAGUCUUUGCCGCAAGUUCAGCGAGCUUUCAAUCAAUCAUUUCUUGACCGACGGUCCAUCAUGUGUCAGAUUCAGCUGAGAGUUGUACGAGAGUUUGGCUGGCCCGAUGCUACUGUUGAUGUUUUACAGAAUAUUCAGUAUUACUACGAUAAUGAACAUGUCCCUGGAUUUGUAGACAGAAACUAUCAUGCGAUGCCGUCCAGACGUCAACCUAGCCCUCGUCUGCAGAUACGUAGACGUAAAACAAACCCACCAAAACCUGUCCAGUGUGUGUCACCAUUGCCGUCACCAACCAAAACAUACAGACCACAGCUGAUAGAGUCUCCGUCCAGCAGCCCAAGCAGUGAUCAUGACAACAGUCGUAGCGCCACCUUGAGCAGUAACCGCAGCACACUUAGUGACACCAUGCCAGAUAUAGCCAUGGCAACUGCUUCUGUGAACCAGCUGCAGCUUCAGGAUGAAUAUGGACCAGACAUUGGUGACGAGGGAGCCAGUAGACAUGGCACUCUAUACAUCUAGAUUACGAUUACUUAAUUGGAAAUGAUUUCUUAUUUCUUGUGCUGAAAUAAGCAUUUACAUUGGCUUUAAAAGGUUUAGGGUAUGUCUAGAAUUAAAAGAAAAAUGCCUCUUUCAGCACUUGAAAUAAGUUGUGUUCCUGUUUGUGUUAGCUCCAAGCAAUAGCCUUAGUAUAUAAUGUAGGUUAUACUGGUCCUUGUUGGCUGUAUAAGAUAACAUGUUAUUCUAUUUACAGUUUGUUAACCUUAAAAAGUUUUCAUAUAGUUUGGAUUCAAAAAUUGUUAAAAUGUUAUUAUCUGAUUUCAGGACUUUUUGAUCUCAGCAUCUGUCAUUCUAAAAAAUGUAUUUUCUGAAUGAACCUAAUAAUAAGCCUGAAAAAAAAAUCAAAUCUGAAAAUAAAACCUCAUAAUGUUUACCUUUUUUUGAAAGCUGACUAAUUGCCUUGCCACGAGAGUGAAGAAGUGAAUGGGUAUUUAUGUCUCCCACCACACAGUGGUGUGGGAGACAUAUUGAUUUACUCCAGUCUGUGUGUGUGUGUGUCACAAAGCUUGUCCGCACUCUAAGUCAAACAUUUCUCAUCUGAUCUUCACCAAAUUUCAACAAAAUGUGUCUCCCAAUAAGUGCUCGGCCAAGUUCGAUAACUAGCCAAAUCGGCCUAGGCACUUCGGAAUUAUGGCCCUUGAAUUACCAAAAACACUCUGAUUUCUUGCGCAGUUUUACCCCCAAACAGACGCCUAUACUACUAGUAGUAUAGGCGUCCUUUUGGUGUCAAGAAAGCGCAUGCACAUGUGGAUUAAAACAGUAUACAAAGACUGACUUACUAUUUAGAUGAUUAGGCAGUUGUGGGAGACAAGCGCUUUUCUCAAAAGCAUCUCUAGUUUGUAAUUGAAAUAGCGAUCUACAGAUCAGCUGUUAAAAGAUGGGGACUCAAAAUAUUUUAUGUUUAUUUGCCCAAGAUGUAUUCUGUUACCUCUUUUUUUUUAGCUCACCUUAACCAAAGGUUCAUGGUGAGUUUUCUGUAUAUGUGAGUGGUCAGGCAUCAAUUAUCCAUAAGUAACAUUCAACUUAGACAUGUCCUCUGAAAUAACUGGUCAGAAUUAAAAUAAAACUGGUUUGUAGGAUUCUGGCAUGGACCAUACUCAAGUUGGUUCAAUGCUUCUACUUGUCUGCUGUUAGGAGUGGUAGACUUCUUCUCGCUGUUAGGAGUAGCAGACGUCUUUUCGCUAUUAGGAGUGGCAGACAUCUUCUUGCUGUUAAAAGUGGCAAACGUUUUCUCGCUGUUAGGGGUGGCAGAUGCCUUCUCGCUGUUAGGAGUGGCAGACGUCUUCUCGCUGUUAGGAGUGGCAGACGUCUUCUCGCUGUUAGAAGUGGCAGGCGUCUUCUCAUGAUCAAGUAGAUAAAUAUUCACCAAACUAGGUCUGUAUUAUCCUUUGAUUUACCUAUCUCGGGUGUGAACAAAUGGUUGUGCACAACUGUCAUUAGGACCCUCCAGAACUAAAAAUACAUGAAAUUUGCAUCUUGAAACUUCUCAUAAACUGUUGGAUGGAUGUUCACCAAAAGUUGUUGGCAGCAUGCUUGGAUGGACCAUUCUCAAGUUUGUGUAAACAGUUAUGCUUGACUGCCUUCGGCUGAAAAAGAAACACUUUUAAAUGAUUUUCAUGCUGAACAACCUUAAGACUGUUUGCCUGACAGGUGAGCGGCUUUGGGGCAUCAUAGCCCUCUUGUUCGAAAUUCUGCUCAAUUAUUUUCUCUUUAUAAGGAAUAUUUUUACAUAUAUCAUUUGGUACUUUUAAGUAUGUUUUGCAAAGAAAAACCAGUUGACGAAAUACCGUAUUUUACCUAAGUCUUGAGACAGCAUAAAAUAAUUAUUUUUUUCACUGUCCCAAGACUUAUUUCCCGAAAAAUAAUUAUUUUGAAAAGUGUCCCAAAAAUAUGGACACAAUAAUCGUCAUCGGGUAACAUCCCCCACCCACCCGUGUUGAAAGCGGGAAAAAAACAACAACGAUUAUCGGUAAUUAUUCUGUUGAUAAACAAAGUAAUUGGCCUUGUUUUCAUCAUCAAUUAACACCCCUUCAAAGAGCUAAAAGAAGUGUGUCGGUAUCAUGACAUUAGAAGUGGAGAUCAAAGCGGUAUAGUUUCCCCGAGAUUUUCAUGGCAUUACGUCAUGUUUUCGCGCCAUGUUGCACAUCACUGUUUGAUUGUACCGCCUCGCUGAGAAGUAGAUCUAGUGUUGUAACAAUCAAUAAAAAAAAACCUUCUUUUUAAUUUGUUAAAGCGAAUGUGCAAUAUCCCGUAUAAACUGACAGGUAAACGUGUCAGACUAUAAUAGCGGAUAUCUUACCUCUGUGACCUAUUUGCCCUCAAGGAAAUUACAAAAUGGUUUGAGAAGAAUACCUUAUUAUAAAGUGUCGUGUCAAAAAAAUACAUGAACAUGUACAAAGAUUCAUUCAAAACUUAUUAAAAAUACGCAACAACAUCAUUAUUGUUUUUGUUUUUUAACCGCAUUUUCUAUUUACGUUCACGAGUUCACGUAACAGAAAUCUGUUUGCCAAAAAUCGUUUUACUUCAUAUUUUUAAAUUGCUGCCGCCUUUUCAUUAUUUAAGAUUUUUCUAUUCUGUUUUUUGUACUUUCUGGUCAAAAGUCUGAAUUUUAUGCCCAUAGUUUGUAUCAUUUAUUUCCUUUUAGAAAGAAAUAAGUAUUUAGGAUCGCGCUGUUUGAAAUUUUGCAAGUAAUUUUAUGAAAAAUCGACCGUUUUUAUAGAAUUUUGCCAACAUUUCUGUCGAUACCUUUUUAAAAUCGUUAUAGAAUUCAAACUAUAUUACUUCUCAAUCGGUGUUGAAAAUCUGAAGCGAUAAAAUCAAAAAAUAAAUGCGUGACGCGCGUUUUUUGUAUACGUGUCGAUGAACAAAAGUAACGGCGUUGUAAGUUAGACAUUACGAUAGGUCGCACGUGCUCGUGGAACGGAAAAUUACCGGCAUGGCGUUUUGAUAUCUGUACGAUUCGCGGGUAAAUUCCAGUCAGUGGUAAAUAAAUAAACAAAUAACGGAAAAUGGACUUCCUGGCUGCAGCAAAAAAAAAAAAAAAAUACAACACUUAACUGGUAUGGUAAAAAAAACACUUUACUAGUAAAAACACGACACGAAAAUGUUAAAAAAAAUAGGCUUUGGUUCUUAUAAUUAUUUGAUAUUUUGAUCGAUACAACACCAUACAAUGUAUAAUAACGGUAUUUGGGUUACAUCUUGAAUCAGUACACAACUAUAGUCCCAACACUUAGGGACGAAAAAUACGCUGAGAAAAUACGUGUCCAAAAACUUAGGGUCAAGAAAAAUAAUUAUUUUUCCACAUUUUAGGGGUGUCCCAAGAUUUAGGGUGUCCCAAGACUUAGUGAAAUACGGUAAGCAACAGAACAGAAGUUACUGUUUUGUUAAGUUCCACAUAUUGAAAGAUUUAUAUGUUGAAUGUGGCUGCUGGUUUUUGUUCAUACUUUAUUUAGUGUUAGAUAUAUAGUAAGUUUAUUUAUGGUUUUAUUUUUGUUGAAGGAAUUUACAAAAUGGCAACUGAAAUUGAAAAUUAAGUUUCCUUGAGAAGUAUAUAUAAACUGAUUUUGGAAAAAGAUGAAAUAUGUUGUCUUUAUUUAUCGGUUUGUUCUACAAAAUUUAAAUGUAUAUAUUAAAGGUGCAGUUUUUAGUG